AUGGCUGGGAAGUUAUGUGCACCUAACUUAAAGAAAGUUCGUCGCAUAUCCAAAAAAGCUCACCACCCCGACCUCACACAUUUUGGAAUAUCACGGAGACCCGCUAGACUCUCUGCCUCCGCUUCUCCAUCUCCUCUCGCCCUCACCACCUCCUUCGUCUUCCCUUCCAUCCAACAUUCGCCCUCAUCCCGCUCGCCACCACUCCGCGCCGUGCGUGCGGGGGCAGCAGCGGCGCCAUGCGAGGGGGAGCGAGGUGUGUUCAUGAGCGCUGUGCUCUCCGACCCCGCCGCCCACGCCCUGCGCGAGGAAGGUGAGGUUGAGAAAGGUGAGAUCGAGGAAGGUGAGAUUGAGGAAGGUGAGAUUGAGGAAGGUGAGAUCGAGGAAGGUAAGACUGAGGAAGGUGAGAUUGAGGAAGGUGAGAUUGAGGAAGGUGAGAUUGAGGAAGGUGAGAUUGAGGAAGGUGAGAUUGAGGAAGGUGAGAUUGAGGAAGGUGAGAUUGAGGAAGGUGAGAUCGAGGAAGGUGAGACUGAGGAAGGUGAGAUUGAGGAAGGUGAGAUUGAGGAAGGUGAGAUUGAGGAAGGUGAGAUUGAGGAAGGUGAGAUUGAGGAAGGUGAGAUUGAGGAAGGUGAGAUUGAGGAAGGUGAGAUUGAGGAAGGUGAGAUUGAGGAAGGUGAGAUCGAGGAAGGUGAGAUCGAGGAAGGUGAGAUCGAGGAAGGUGAGAUUGAGGAAGGUGAGAUUGAGGAGGGUGAGAUUGAGGAAGGUGAGAUUGAGGAAGGUGAGAUUGAGGAAGCCAGCCGCGUGCUGGGCGGGGGCGACAUCAAGAUAGUGAAGCGGCGCGACCUGGCGGAGGCGGGGGGGCGCGUGGGGGAGGAGAAGCAGUUCUGCGCGCUCAAGCACAGCCAGUGGCUGCGCUGCCUUCGAGAGGAGCUCAUGGUGCUGCGGGUGAGAUAA